AAUAACAAAACUGAUAACCUUCAAAAUUUGAAUAAAAAUGAAUAAUGUGGUGGAGCAGUUUAGUUUUAAAUCGGGUUCACGUCGGUCUACUUUUAGUAUAUUAUAGAAAAUAUCCGUUUUUUUUCUGAUUUUAUUUAUAAUGUAAGCAAAAUACUGCUACUGUACUGUUGUCAUUACAUAAUAACAAAAUCAUGCAGGAAUGGCUGAAGAUAUCUUUAAUUUUGUGCAUUUUUGGAUUUCUGAAGGAGAUCCGUCCAUCAGAACCCUUUAUUUACGAGUUUUUAAUAGACCGUAGAUGGAGAAAUGUCACAGACGAAGAAGUCACUCAGCAAGUCUAUCCUGCUGGUACUUACAGUUAUUUAGCCCAUCUAGUUCUAGUCUUUUUAAUUACUGAUUUGUGUAGAUACAAACCCCUCAUUAUUUUGCUGGGUGCUUCUGGUAUUGUUAUUUGGAGUUUGCUGUUAUGGACGAAGACUCUUUUCUAUCUACUGAUUGUAGAGGCUCUCUACGGAACGUUUUGCGCAACAGAAGUAGCUUAUUAUUCCUAUAUUUACACCAAAGUGAAAACAGAGUAUUACCAAAAAGUUACCUCGCACACGAGAGCUGCCAUAUUGGCAGGUCGCGCCAUUUCAGGAAUAUUGGCUCAAUUGUUGAUCUCCUUCGAUUUGAUGAACUAUAGAGAUCUGAACUAUAUCACUUUAGCUGCCAUGAUCCUCGCAACAGCAUGGAGUCUGUUUCUUCCAACUUCCAAGAAAAGCAUUUAUUUCCAUCCGGAAGAAGAAGUGAGCAAGCCGUUGUCUAGAAAAGUGACGGAUGCUUUUACAUUAAUGGCUACGCACUUUAAAACAUCAUUCACAAACGGAUACGUCGUGAAAUGGUCUCUCUGGUACGCUUUAGCAACAUGCGGAUUCGUACAGGUACAGACGUAUAUGCAACCAUUAUGGACAGCUAUAGUAAACGAUCCCUCCAAACCAAUAUACAACGGAGCGGUCGAAGCAGUAUUAACAGUAAUAGGUUUUCUGGGAGCCUUGGUUGCCGGAUUUCUCAAAACAGACUGGAAAAUCAAAGGGGAGCUGUGCCUCACCAUAUGCUCUCUCUUCCAAGGGUUCAUAAUACUUUUUGCUUCCAGGACUAAUCACGUCUUCUGGGCUUACGUGUGCUACGUCUUGUUCGGUGGAAUGUACCAUUUUAUGAUAACAGUAACUUGUAGCGAGAUAGCGAAAUGUAUCGAAGAUGACAGCUACGGAUUAGUCUUUGGUGUCAACACUUUCAUAGCAGUAGUUUUCCAAACUAUUUUAACCGCGGUUGUUGUGACAGAGGGCGUUGGGUUCGCGCUGAAACCCAGAGAUCAGUAUUUUGUAUAUGGUUGCGUCCAUAUAGUGAUAGCGGCACUUUUUAUUUGUAUAGGUCUUGCAGUGUGGAUGAAGAGAUCAAAGGACUACAAGAAAGCAAUUAUUUUAGAAAACGGUAGAUGACCAAUAAGAAUUUUGGUCGUGAAGACUUUUGCAGAUGAAGUCUGAUGUAAGUAAUAGUUACUAACAACACUCUCGUAGGAUAUUAAUGACAAGUACAAAUAGACCAGGGCAUUGAGAACUAAAAAUACCGGAAUAAAUCGAUUUUUAAAUACAGCACCUAGAGACUUACAACUUUUUGCAUUGCAUUCAGGAUGAUGUCAGGAAAAAAGUUACAAUAGAAAAAUGGGUUGAAAUGCAUAAUUGCAUACAGUACAUAGACAUGCCAAAAUAAGUAUAUUAAGGGCCAGAUUUUGUUACUCAAGGGUUUUUGGGGUUGCUGAACACGAAUACGCCAUCAGAACCGACCCCCCAGAGCACCUGGUGCCCAGGGUCAGUGCUAAGCCACGUCUUCUGGGGGUUAGAGGAUUAUUAUCGGCACUAAAUUGAUGCAAACAGGUUCUUCUUCAUGUACCAUGCCCUUUCAGAACGUUCGCGUUGGUUACUAGGCUAUUGAUUAUGUUCAAAAUAAGAGAGCUAAAAGGAACAACAACGUUAAGGGGGGGGUAUGGUUUGAAAUCAACAUAUCAAGCACAUUUUUGUUAUUUUUUUUUCGAAGCUAUGGUAGAAUUAUUUUAUUUUUAAAUUAAAUAAACAUAUUAAGUACAAUUCAAAGAAUAUUUGAGAAAAAAUUCAAUCCAAAAUAUUGAAAAAUAAGCCAUUGGCGACAAAUUUUGGCAGGCAGCUCAAAAAAAAAUGGAUGUUGCGGUGGACAUCAGAACUCAUCACUGGAUCAUACGAAAGAAAAAAUUCAAAAAGAUUUAAUUAGUUUAUGAGUUUCAUGAGUAACAACGUCGAGUUUUUUUUUAUUUUUAAUGAUUUUUGAAUUUUUGUUAUCACUCAGAAGUCAAAAAUAGGAAAUUUUUGAUAAAAAUUUUGUGAAAACCAACCAAUUUAAUAUUGUUGAACAAAAAAUAAGCACAAAACGAAAAAUAUCUCGAGGUUGUUACCUCACUAAAUGUCUAAAGAAAAUCUAUGCAAAAUUUCAGGUAGAUCGGUCAAGUAGUUUUUCAGUUACAAUGUCCACCGCAUUUGAAAAAGCAGUUUUGAGAAAAAUGCGUUUAAAGUUUUGACAACUGCAUCUUCCUCUUCUGAUUUGUCUGCCAAAUCGUAAAGUGAUGAAAAUUGGAAUAUGUUUUUUGAAUUGCGGAGUAAUCUACAAAAGAGAAGGCGAACAGUUGUUUAACGUUUCUCACUACGGUCAAGCGUGAUGGCGCGAAGCCGCGGCAACGCGAGUCGAAGGUAGGGAUAUUCAACACCCUGUAUCUCUGGUAAUUUUACUCCGAUUAUUUUGAAAUUUUCAGAGAGUAUUCUUGAAAGUAUGCACUUUUAUUUGAAAUAAUAAAAAAAAUUAAAUAUUUCAAACCAUACCCCCCCCCCUCCCCUUAACGGGGUUUUAUUGUUUCAUAUGGUCAAUGGAUCUCUAAAUAUGGUAAAACCUCGGAGUGCUACUAUUUAAAGGGGUGCGUUUUUGAGAAAGGGGUGAAUUAGUCCCUAGGCACAGGGCGAAUUAGGGUGAGUUCUAUGCACUCUUCUCUUGGUACAAACAGGUCUACCGGAACAUUGUUCCUGAUUAAAUUUACUAUCGAAAUAUCACAUAUUAGUGAAAAUUAUUUUUUUUUACAAAAUAUAUUCAAAAGAAAAUCAAGAAAAAAACACGGAAGAAAGCAAUUUUGUUUUUUGCCCCAUAACUUUUUUCCACAGGGAUAUAGGUAUAGGAAUUGCUUCAGCGAAAAAUAACUUCAAUCCUUCUUCUUUAAAAUGACGUUUGGUAAAAGUCUCUAGGAUGUAGUUUCCGAAAUAGGAUUUUUCAUUUUUUUGGUCCAUUGCCCCCAUUAUUUCGCAAACAUUGUUCUGUAACUUUUUUCUACGCAUUUCUAGGUAUAUGCAAUGGUAAAUUUAGUAGAAAUAGAAGUCAAUUACCUUUAAAAUGUAACAAUCAUUUAUAAAAUAUUAAAUGAUCUAUAUCAUUGCCCAACUAUCUUACAAGCUAUAAGCCUCAAUACUGUCCAAAGACGGGUUUCCCCAAUUUUUCGCAUACCUUAUCAUAAUACGAACUAUUGCUUUUACUCCCCAUUGUCACGCACCUUGCGUCUAAUUAAUCAUAAUCAAAACAGUCUUGAUCCGUUUGUGGACAGUCUUCGUGUAUUUAAAAGAAGCAUACAUAAUUCAGUAACUGAAGUAAAGUACUAAGUUCCUAUAAUUUAUUAAUUAUUUAUUAUUGUUACUAAUUUAAUUUUGUUGGUUUUUAUUGUUGUCAUUGUUGUCAUUUUUAUUAUCUUUUGUUAUUUGUUAUUUUAGGUUAAAAUUGGUUAUCUUUACUGUUUACCAUAAUAUUUCAUUUUUUUUAUACAUUUUUUGUAAAUUGGCUCUGCCGUUUAUUGAAUAAAUUAAAUUAAAUUAAAAUGGUCUGUUGUAUAAGGUUAUACAAUUAUUUUUAGCAAGUUAUGCUUUUUCAAGUUUUUAUACUUUUAAUGAUUUUUUAUAUUUUUUAUGAUUAUUUUUUAAAUUUGUCAUUAUGACUUUUUUUCUUGUACAUUUAGGUAUAUACAUUGUGGAAUAAAAAAAGCUUAUUUCCUUUACUUUAAAAUGGUGUAUUGCAAAAAAUUCUAGGACUAUUUUUAAACAAGAUAUGCGUAGGAUAUCCAAGGGUAUCCGUAAUUUGAGAAAAAUUUUAAAAUUUUUAUUUAGAAGAAUAUAAUAUUAGAUUGUAACAUAAUUUUUAAUUUCAAAUAACUUUUCUUUAUAACACUUUUCGAUAUUGUGAGAUAUAAAGGUACUUUACUCUAGAGCGAAAUUCAUAUUUUUUAACAUACCUCGUACACUAUUGAUAAACUUAUAUAUCUGAUGAUUGCAUCUUAGGUUUUAGACUAUGCAGAGCAUUUUAUAAAGAAUAAUUUUUUUUUUUCAUAAAGUUACUAAUAAAAAAGUUUUCCAUAUGAUUCCAACUUAGUGGGACUUAUUGCAUGUGUAUAUGUCACACAUUGAAAAAUCUUAUCUUGUUUAAAAAGAGUCCUAGAAUUUUUUACAAUACACCAUUUUAAAGUAAAAAAAAUAAGCUUUCUUUUUUAUUGCACAAUGUAUACAUAUAUCUAGAUAUACAAUAAAAAAAGUUAUAAUGAGAAACUUAAAAAUAAUCGUAAAAUAUAUCAAAAAUCAUUAAAAGUAUAAAAUUUUGAAAAACCAUACCUUGUUUAAAAAUAGUCAUACAGCCUUCUACAAUAGACCAUUUUAAACGUAAUUGACUUUUCUUCCCAGCGAAUGUAACAUUGCAUAUACCUAAAGCUGCGUAGAAAAAAGUUACAGAACAAUGUUUGCGAAGUAACAAGAAAAAUUAGCCAAAAUCGCUGUGAGUGGCGAACUUUGAAAAAUCAUAUUUUGGAAACUAUAAAUCGUAGAGACUUCUACCGAACGACGUUUUAAAGAGGAAGGAUGGUUGUUUUUUCUGUACAGCAAUUGCUAUACCUAUAUCCCCGUGGAAAGAAGUUAUGGGGCAAAAAACAAAAUUGCCAUCUUUCAUGUUUUUUUCUUGCUUUUCUUUUGAAUAUAUUUUUGUAAAAAAAUAUUUUUGACUUUAAAAUGUAAUAUUUCGAUAAUAAAUUUAAUCUGGAAUAAUUUUGCUGUAGACGUGUUUGUACCAAAAGUGCAUAGAACUCAACCUAAUUCGCCCUGUGCCUAGGGACUAAUUCACCCGUUUCUCAAAAACGCACCGGUUUAAAUGAUAGCACUCCACGAUGUUUUCAUAUUUAGAGGUCCAUUGACCAUAUGAAAUAAUAAAACCCUGUUAACGUUGUAGUUCCUUUCUGAAAUACAUAAUAAAUAGCCUAUAAUAUGUACCGUCAUGUCUAUCUUAAUUUUAUUCAUGUCUGUCAAUGCACUUAAUAUCAAUUGCAUAAUAUUUUGUGGCAACCUAUAUUUGGAACCUCUCAUUACAUGUCCGAAGUACUCUAGCAAUUUUAGGUCUCUGUUACAUAAUACCUUGGACAACCUUCUUAAAGCUGCUCUGGCCUGCUCAAUUCAAUGAAUUUUAAUUCAGAAUCCGUGAGAGUGCACUGUUACAUCUAUUAUUACAAUACUUCAGAUAAAUUAGUUUUUCUGUAUCUUUUGAUACAGUAGACGUUAGACUAGAGAAGAAGUAUUUUUUCAAAGACUUACUUAUUGUAAAAUACAUAAUGUGAUAUUUGACAUGUGUCCAAAAUUGUUGAAUUUUUUUAUUUUAAUCAAUAAUUAAAAAUAUCCCAUUAUGUAGAUACUUUUUAGGUUUUAAAAUGUAAAUAAAAAUACUUGUUUUUCACAGGAAAACAAGCUAGAACUGUAGACUGCAGGGUUUCCUAGAAAAGCAGUGUCGCUAUCAUACGGCCGCAAAGCGAAGGUGGAUGACGUCACAAAUAUAUUUUAAACAAAUUUUGGUCGAUUAUGUAAACAAAAUUCAGUUAUAUAUAAUCAAGUAUCCAAGAGCAAGCAUAAGCAAAUUGAAACAAAAUUUAUCAUAUAUGUGUACUUGGCUUAGUUAGCGACAGUUAGUUACUUUGUAGCGACAAGAUACUGAUAUGAAUGAUACUAGUGCUUCGGAGGGCACGUAAAGCAAUCGGUCCCCCUAGGCUAGGGUGCAUCGACACUAUUGUGCGUCCCACCUUGACUUUACAGUACAGGUUCUUAUGACCAACAGUGAUGCCAAAUUUUAUCAGAAACAGGUUUUAAGCAAACAUACUUUUUUCUAUAGGAUAACUAUUAAUAACUUAGGAAUUAAUAUUAUUGACAUUUUGUGGCUGUAAGGGGUUCUAAAACAUUUUUUUUUCCGAAAAAUACCUUUAUGUGAACAAAAUAAAAAUAAUUUUGUAUAAAUCAUUAUAUAAUAAUGUAUUUAAGGGCAUAAAUAUGUUAAACCUUAAUAAAUACGUAGGUACCUACAGAAAUAAUUAAAAUACAUUUAAACUAUAUAUAUUUUAGCUUCUUUCUAUAAUCCCGUCUCCCUCACUUUCACUGCCACUGUCGUAGGGUGUAAACACAUUAAAAUGACAUUAAUUUCAUCUUGGAACUCAGUCAUUAAGAAUAACAAUAAACUGCAAUUAGGAUCCAAAUUUUCGAAAUAAGCAAUGAGUUACUCAAUACAAUGUUAUCAGUAAUAAUUUUAAGCUUAUUUAAUAUUAAUUUAGGUCAACUGACCGUCAACAAUUAUAAUUUAUUUAUUCUCAACUGUAGGACAAUAUAAAACUUUACUUAAACUUGACUGACAAUCUAUUUUAUAUUUUUCUUGAGAUUACUUCAGAACCAGAACUGUCUAUAAGUACUGUCAAUACAUAAAUUAACAACCAUAGAACAACAUCCACUUUUAAUGUUGAAUAUUCUAACAUUCUUAACCAAAAAAAGUUAUUACGCAUAUCGAUUAUAAAAUUGCUGAUUACUUUUUGAAAAUGACUAUCACACAAAAAACAAUGAAACAUAUUGUUUUACUUGACUGUAACGGGUUAGUUUUAAUUUAAAAUUUUUAGGGACCUACAUUUUUAGGACCUUGGUAAUGUCCGAUUGAAAAUUCUUUUGAAGAAAAUCGGCAUCGCCGCGCUAAAAACUCCCAUAAGGAUUGUAUUGCCGUAUGUUCGUGUACUGUAAAGUCAAGGUGGGGAAGACAUUAGCUACUUGAAACAGGGUUACCAAUGCCAUUGGUGCCGGAACCUGCCCAAAAGGAUCUCCCCGGAAAAAAUGUCAUACGAAAUUAUUAUUAUUAGUUGAUAGUGUAAAGUAAUACUUAUAUGAAAUAUUAUAACUUGUCAUUCGGUAGCUAGGUGUUUUUAAUAUAAUUUAAAAGAAAUAUUCUGUCCUACACGAUUACACGAUAAACAAUAAUUUUAGUAGGUACUCGAAGUGUAUCAUGAGCAUGUUUUGGAUCAGGAUUUAAAACUUUCCCAUAAGAUAUUAUGUAAUAUGGAGAAACACAUCAUCAAUCGAGUCUUAACUACAGUUUUGUAGUUUACUUUUUUCUAAAGAUAAUUAUGAUCCUCAUUUUUAAUCACUUGUAUGUGUAUGUUGCUCGUCCAUUCAACACUGUCCAAACUAUUCGCGAUUGAAACGGAAUAUAGAGGGCAGGUCGAAUGCAAGAAAAUGGCAGAUAUACAUGGUAUAAACAAACAUUCAUUUGAGGAAUAGAACAAUACCGAUUUGAUUUAAAAUAUUUUAAUGUACUCAUGAUGCUGAAAUUUACUAAAAAUUUCUUAAUAGUGACCAAAUUCAAUUCAGAUCAACAAUUUUCUGGUUUGUUUAUACCACUUAUAGUAGUUUAAAUUUAUUCCACCAGAGGUCAGCUACUUUGUUUUUCAUCGCGAAUAGUUGACGCUCUCUUAGGGCGGUGGUCUCCACUAAUUGCUGUGUUCAGCUUACAAAAUAAGAGACCUCAUCCAAAGCAAAUAGACACAACGUAUGGCGUGACGCUGUACGCGACCUACUGCGUUUAUUGGAGACCACCGCGUUUGUCCGCUCAUCACACCAAAUCAUAUUGCGGCCGCUUGAUAUUAGAUAUUCUGCUUUAUCCGAUUUAUUGCCAACUAAACAAGGUAUAUUUUUUUGUUAAUAUUUCUUUUUCCUUUUUUUAUAACAAAGUUAUACAUACAUGUAACAGUUUUAGAAUUAUAUAAUAAAACUUUUAAAAAACUAA